AUGAGGCUGCCGGAUCUCUCUAGAUUCAGAGAAAAAUGUUGCUAUUGCUACAGGGAUGUUGCUGAGGGGAUAUCUGUGUGUGGGUGUGGGCUUUCAUUUUGUAGAAAGCAUAUAGAUAUUCAUCUUGGGAAAGCCGAGUGCCACAUUGUAUUUGAGAUUAAAGAGAUUGGAGAGGACCUGGGGAUUGAAAUCAAAAACACAAUGCUCAAGCAAGAAGAGAUUGAGGAGCUAAGGAUAAGAAUGGAAGCAUUGGUCAGGCCUGGAAACGAAGAUGAAAGGAUUAUUUCCAAGGAUGAAGAGAUAGGUUGUGUGCAUGGAUGCCCUGAAGGCCCGUGCUCUAUGGAGUUAGGAGAUCUUGAGAAGCUGAGCUGCAAGUUAUGUGAUAUAAGAACAAGGUUAUGGAUCUGCUUCAGCUGUGGGUAUGUUGGAUGUGGAAGAGUACAGUAUGGAACGGAGGGAAAUGGGCAUGCAAAGCUACACUAUGAACAAACUCAACACAAUGUUUUUGUUUUGAUUCCAAGCCUUCUCAGAGAGAGCUGUGAUGUGUUUUGCUAUCUUUGCGACUCGAGCAUAAGGUCUUACUAUGAUUUUCCAGAAAAUAAAAUUACGAUUAGGUUUGAAGGGGAUGACAAAGGGGAGAGAAAGAAUGUAGAGAAGACAAUAAGUUACGGUGGUGUGAUCCCGUCUGUUGAUAAGAAAGAAGCAGUUGGGAGCAAGGAGAAAGAAACCAUCCCUAGUCCAUACGUGGGGAUUAUCAAUUCUGGAAACACUUGUUAUAUUUCUUCUGUUCUUCAAAUGAUAGGGUAUGUUGUUUCCAAGGAAGAGUUUGAUAUGGACCAGCACUUCGAGAUUUGUUGUGUGAAGAAUCCUCUAGAAUGUUUUUUCUGCCAGUUGAUGAGAGUGUUUAACAAAAUGAAGGAGGCUAGGGAUAGGAUCGAGAUUAAUAGGAUAUCGAUAUUGGACCUUAUCAUGCUUAUAUGGAGAGAUAUGCCUAUGUUUUCCAAGUUCGUGCAACAGGAUGCCCACGAGUUUUUAUUGUUUUUGCUUGAAAAGAUCAAAGAGGGGGAGAGCUCGUAUUUGAUUCCUCAUAUAACAUCAUGCUUUGAAUUUGAAGUCGGAAGAGAGAUAUUCUGCUCCGGGUGUUCGGAUAAGUCUGUUGGCUACGAGUCGAUGAUGAUGAUGUGUACCUGCCUGAAAGGAGAUAUAAGAAAGUCUGUGGAGAUGUUUUUUUCUUCAGAUGAAUGGGAUUGUAAAUGUGGAGGAAAGAAAAGUGUGAGGCGGUUUGUCACGAUGCCACCUAAGUAUCUGAUAAUUCAGGUUGGAAGAUACUCUUACAACAAUUACAAGGUGGAGAAGAUUAAGAGUAAGAUUGGAAUGAAAAGUGUUAAGUUGGAAAGUUUUAUAAGAAAGAAUGACGUAGAGAAGGCUCUUGUAAAGAAGCUUGUGGAUGAUGGGUAUGCGGAGGAAGAUGCAGAAAAGACUCUAAGCAUCUUCUGCAAUGAUGAAAGUAAGGCUCGCGACUUCCUGAAAAACCGUCUCACAAUGCAUCAUAGAUCAGACCUAAAAUACAGGGUUGUAGGGUGCAUCAAUCAUUCUGGAGAUAACAUCAAAGCAGGGCAUUACACAUGGUGGGUAUACGAUGACGAAAAGUGUUAUAAGAUAGAUGAUACAAAUGUUCUCAGCAGCAACGUUGAGGUAUUAGAAGAUGGCUAUAUAUUCUUGUUUAGAUAA